GGGAGAUUGGUAGACGCGUUUUCCGGGACCGAGGGUGUAGAGUCCGCAUUGCUUCCAUUGGCAUCGCGAGACGGACUGGUGCAUUGAGCAAUGGGAGCCACGGAGUCGGUCCUAAAUGACCGGUCACCGCCAUGGUCCGUUCAUGGUCAAACGACCAAAUCCCGAAAUGUCAGGAAUGUCACUAUGUCAGCCCCUGGAUCUCACCCUCUGAGAGGCAGAACCAACAUUGCUGCUUUCCGCGACGUCAACCGGCUACACAUUGCGAACGGCCGUCGGUCACAAGAUGAUCGCGACAGUGAGGCCUUUCAGUCGGCGUCACCCUACGGCCCUUUGGAAUUUAAACAUCAGAAACAUGGGGUUAGCUCGGAGCCUGUAACAAAAGAAUUUGACCAGGAAAUUCAGCGGAUUUCUAAUUUAGUGAAUGUUCUUGAAAGCCUUGAGAAGAACCUGCCAACUUGUGAGCCGCCGUGUCCUCCAAGCGAAAAUCGGGAAGCUGUCGUGCCCGGUGUGUUAUUGUCUUUUAACCGGACAAUCCCUGCUGAAGAGGUUCUGCCGAAGAAAAGUGUGCGUUUUGAACUUGGCGGCUGCAGGAUGGCCAGUCGCCAGGCGACUUCUGCGACUUUUUCUCUGGAGCAGGGGGAAGUAGCCAGAGUAGAGCCAGUGUUACACGUGAGGGGCCACAGAGCGAAGUUGGACGGACAAAUCGAAGUCAGUAGAGUGCCGACGCAAACUGAAAAUCUACAGAAGACGGUUGUAGCCAGAGUACCUUCCCCUUUGCCGCAAAAAUACAGUCGAGAAAGCCGUCCCAGACGAGGAGCAGGAAGGUGGUGCGAGCACUGUAAUAUCCGCCUGCUGGAGUUGAAAAGACAGGCAGUCAGAAUUCUCAUCCCAAUACAGAAGUUAAGACAUCUGUAUGCACACAAGGCACAGGACUUGUGUCAGUUGGUGCAGUUAUCCCCAAGGCAGGACCCAGAUUUAGUUGGGCGUAUCCAAGAUCGACUGUUUAUCCCUGACAACUGCAGACGCGCCCUGGUCAGCGACCGGUGUCAGGUGUGCGAGACCCAUGUGGGACAACUGAAGCAAGAAGUGGUCAGCAUGGUGCAGUCAUUUGAGCGUGCUCAGUCCCAAGAUGCUGCCUCGUCAGCUCCAGGUGGCAGUUCCACCUCUGCCUCGGCCCCUGCCCCUGUGGCUAGAACUGCCAAGGUACCCACAGUGUUAAGGUUGCCUUCUUCAGGAACUCCAAGCGGUCAUCACAGAUUAGCGAGGCAAAGCCGAGCCCAUCAUUCAUCUAACGGGAAUAACUCUCCCAGUCCAGUUGCAGCCCAAGCUCAGGCCUACCUGGAACAGAACGUGUUACUGUGGAUGAACCCAGCCAAGCAAAACCAGAUGUAUCCAGGUCCACAAGGUGCUCCAACCCAAGCAGGUAACAUGGCCAUGGCUACUGACAUGUCCAAUAGAGAUGGAACUGGGCGGUUCCCAGUCGGUCAAGUGGCUCCUCACUAUUCCCCCCAGUAUACUCCAGCAUUGCAGUAUGGUCCAGCACCUCAGUAUGGCUUCACGUCACCUCAGUAUGGUACCACAGCACCACAGUUUAAUGGUGCAUCACCUCAGUACAGCACCACAGCAGCACCCCAUUAUAUGGGCAGUCCCCAGCAAGUGAGGUCCCCUGUGAGUCAGUACUCUCCACAGUACCCUCUUCAACAGACCCCAUACCACCUCCAACACCCCAUGACAGGGCAGUCUGCAGCAGCCUCUUUCUUUGCCAGGUUAGUGUUCUUGUGUGCACAUGUAGUCUUCUGCAGUGGAAGUGUUUUUGUCUUUCUUAUUUUUUUGUAUUUAAAAGGCCAUUGA